AUGCCCUCUGCGAUCGUCCUCGUGCAAAAUGCAAGCCCGUCCACAAUAACCGGCUUCCAUGACCAACUUUCCAACGAAUUGCCGAAAAUCCUUAAUAGCAACUGGCAGUUUGAGUUCAAAAUCUUCAAGAACAACCCGUUCUCCAGGGUAGAUCCCUCGGUGCCCACGCCCACUACCUUCUUAUACACACUCUACUUGUCUUACUUUCCGCAGAAGAUUAUUUCCAUCACCAACAACUCCACCUCCUCCAUCAUAACGUCUGUUGCCGUUUCCAGCUCCAAUGAUAUCAAGACCGAAUACGACAGUGACGGCGACGAUGACGAGGUUCGUAAGCCAGACUUUGACGUCCCUGCGUCCCACAUCAUGAGCAAUGCCUCUACCGGCUUGAGCAACCCCUGGGACUCCGUGCUCACCUCAAAGCUCCAGAGUUUGUGGACAUUGCGCCAGGUCAUCAAGGGAGAUAACGGUAACGUCUACAAGCUACACGUGAACCAAUUGGCGCUUACCAUCCCAGACGCCGUGUCUGGUGAGCCCACCACCGUUACGCUCAGCGGCGCGCUCAUCAUCAAGACCGCCAACUGUUUCCUCCACGGUUCCUUCAAGGGGUUCCUCAUUGAGGUGGAGUUUACGCCCAGCGACGGCCAGAUCGUUGAGAGCGUUAUGCGCAAGGUUGUGUUGCGUGGUUUAAUGGAGCACUACAAGUUUCCUCUGGGGAAGUUGUGUCUUGAGCGGUUGAACGAAUAUGAGAAUGUGGAAGACAAGUAUGGCGAUUUGUGCCACCAAUAUGCCCAGGCGUUGCAGUUUUAG